AUAAGUCACUUACCAAGUAUUAUCAAAAUUAGUUAAUUUACCUAAAAAGAUAAAAAUAUUAUUUGAAAAUUUUUCCAACAAAGGAAUCUUUUAAAAACAGCUAACAAAAUGAGGCACUGAAAACAACCUCCACAUUCCAUAAACUGACAAAAUAGCCUUUACCUUUUGCGUUUUCUGUGUACAAACAACCACAACAUUCACGUACCAUUUUCUUGUUUGUGAUAGGUUUUCAUGAUUCAAAAAUUGUAUCAAUAAUAGUUCUGCUGAUUUAAUUCCAUUAAAUUUUUUAUGUAGAUCUCGUUUCUCUGAUUAUACAAUUUUAUGGCAGAUUCUUCGUGUAUGGUUGAUGGGGUUUUCUCGAAACUUUCAGAGGAUUUAGUUCUUAACAUAUUGUUCAAGCUUGAAGAUGAUCCAAGAAGUUGGGCUCGUUUAUGUUGUGUUUCGAUGAAAUUUGGAUUUCUAAUUCAUACCAUAUGUUAUAAAUCAAAAUGUUCUUUGACUAUUCCUGCUGUUGUUACCGAUCUCCUUUGUAGCCCUACUUCUUCUUCUGCUGCUGCAUCUCCUCCUGGUGGUUGGUCUUCGCUUUACAAGCUAGCUGUAUGUUGUCCAGGGUUACAUCAAGCUGGUGUGCUUUUGGAGAAUUCUGAUUUUGGGCUAGAACGUGAACUUGGCCCUGAUGAGAAUUAUCAGAAUCGGGUUUUGCCUGAAUCUGAAACGAUUUAUUCUCAGCCUGUACCUUGUGGUGAUGUAGCUGAUUGUGGUUGGUCUUUGUUUGAUGAUCUUUUGUUUGAUACUGUUUAUGAUGCUUCUGAAUCAACCCUAAAUCAGCCUGAAGUAGUGGAAGAAGAACCCCAAAAUCUAGUGGUGACCCCAACAAGGCCUGCGAAGAGGCGAAGAAUUUACAGAUCGCCAUGUUCACAUUUGGCUUCUGGGAUAUGGAAUUUGAGCCGUGAGCAGGGGAAUAAGCUACUAGCGAGUAGAUUCAAAGGGGAUUGUUUGUACAUAUGUGAUUGGCCUGGUUGUAUUCACAUGGAAGAGAAGAGGAAUUACAUGUUAUUUCGAGGGAUUUUCAAGAAUUUCAAGCAGUCGAGGGUAUGGAGGACGAUUAAUGAUGGUAACAGGAAGAAGAUUGAUCUGAAUUGCGCAUUUUGCUCGUCAAAGCAGACAUGGGAUCUGCAUUCGGCUUUCUGUUUAAGGAGGUAUUUUGGGUACCAUGACGAUGGAGAACCUGUUGUUCGAGCUUAUGUCUGUGAGAAUGGCCAUGUUUCUGGAGCAUGGACUGAUUGGCCAUUGUAUACAUGACUUAAUUCAACACCAAUUAUGGGCAACUUGGGUUAACUUGAACUGAUUUUUUUUGUGUUUUUUGUGACUGGCAUUUGGUUACUUUUUCCAUUUUAGGCUGGUUCAUGUAUUUGGGAUUUAUGAAUGUUGUGAUUGCUUACUGUAGGUAUUUUCCAUAUUUGUGUUAUGGAGUAUUUAUAUUUAUAUGAGUUUUUCUUUCUUUGA